AAUAAAAAAAUAAAAAUAAAAUAAAAAUAAAAAAUAAAAAAUAAAAUAAAAAGCAAAUUAAAAAAUUAAAUAAUAAUAUUAAAAAAAACAACAAUAAUAACAAAUGAGUUAAAUAAUUCAAAAUCGUGCACAUUGGCAACACUUUAAUGCUCACGAGCGCAAUCGCAUCCACACAUAUACACAACACUGCAACAACAUUUUGACACACAUAAACAACAACAACAACAGAAUAACAAGUAACCGCUUAGAAAAAAAUAAAAUACGAAAAUGGGCAUGUUCAGAGGCGAAAAGAUGGCGUUAGCCAAAUCAUUAAAAAUGUUCCUGACCAUAUUCGUGGCGACCACCUGCAUCUACAUGGUGCUCUAUCAGUAUCAUUUGUCGCGUGAGCCAAUGACGCAGCCAAAAUAUAUUAAGAAGAAAAGUAUUUCAGCCGAUGCGGAUGCUGCUGCUAUCGCACGAAAAUAUAAUUCAUAUUUAUGGUCACCGAUGUCGCUAUUUAGUGCGCGACAACCACAACAACAACAAGACGAACAACAAACACAACUGUUAGCAAUCAGCGGUGCGGCGAGGGAACCAACAAAAGCAGCAACAACAGCGAGUGAGUCGGCAGCGGCGGCAAUAACAACGCAAUUUGCCAGAGAACGCAAAUCAACCGAACUAACAGUUCGGGCCGCAGCAGCCGCACAACCGUUAUCAUCACCAUUACAAGCCACAACAAAGCAUAAUAUUUCCACAACAAACUCAUCCAAAUCAUACGCAUCAGUCACAACCACAACCACAUCUACAUCCACAUCCAAAUCAGCAUCAUCAUCAACAUCCAAAGUAGCGUCAUCGCGUUUGUUAAACGCCGCCCUCGACGGCGGCGGUGGCAACGCGCGUCAGCAUUUGAUUGCGCAAAAUGUUGCAGCGGUUGACAGUUGGAGCAAGCACUCAACACUACCGGCUACUUUGAAUAGCAAAACAAAUGCAACAACAACGACAACCGUUCGCACAAUACCAACAACGCAUUCACAUGCAAAUGCCGCAAAUUCAUCGCUGCCGCGUAGCGACGUUGUGACGCGUCCAGCUGCUGAUUCGACAAUUGUCGUCAAUGCCACAAAAGUGUUACCCCCACCACUGUAUAUUAUUACGCCGACUUACCGGCGCGCCGAACAAUUGGCGGAAUUGACACGACUCGGCUACACACUGAAGCAUGUGGAGAAUUUGCUGUGGCUCGUCAUUGAGGAUGCGAAUCAAACAUCGCCGCUGGUGAUACACACACUCAAUCGCAUUGGUGUGCCUUAUGAAUACUUUUUGGCGCCCAUGCCGAUGGAGUACAAAAAUACGAAAAAGGCUAAACCACGUGGCGUCUCGAAUCGAAAUCGUGGUCUGGAUUAUUUACGCGCCAAUGCGACUGAUGGUGUCUUCUAUUUUGCAGAUGAUGACAACACUUACGACAUCUCCAUUUUUGAGCAGAUGCGCUACACAAAAAAGGUUUCAAUGUGGCCUGUUGGUCUGGUCACAAAAUUUGGCGUGAGUACACCCAUCAUACGUGAUGGCAAGAUAACAGGUUUCUAUGAUGGUUGGAUCGGCGGACGUAAGUUCCCCGUCGAUAUGGCCGGCUUCGCGGUGAGUGUGAAAUUUUUGCAUGAACGACCCAAAGCAAAAAUGCCCUUCAAGGCGGGCUAUGAAGAGGAUGGCUUUCUAAAGAGCUUGGCGCCACUGAAUACGACAGAAAUCGAACUGUUGGCGUCCAAUUGCACAGAGAUUUUAACAUGGCACACGCAAACGAAGAAGAACUCAAAUGCGGCGGCUUUAAAUAUGACAUUACAUGGUGAUACGAAUUUAGUGACAUUAAAUCGAUUUUUAAUACGCACGUAAAAUGUAUGAAUUUGUACAAAAUGGGAGCUGCAUGCUUUGGCAAUGCUAAAAAGGCAUUACACUAAGUUGUGGCGGAAAUCCUAAAGCAAAGCUUGAUUUAAGAAAUGCAAGCGUUCUAAAUUUCAGUUCGCAAAUUUUCUGAAAAUGAUUUUAUUUUUAUUUUUGAAAACGGUAUUUAGACUGUGUCGCGUUUUGUCUACUAUAUUUAUAACUACCGAUUUAAGUUCUAUUUAUGAAAGUGUGAUUUUAAUGAAAAGUGUGAGCACAAAAGGCAUAC